AUGCCUAAUUCUUCUUGUUGCUUAGCCUUAGCGGAAGACGUUUUGUUGGAGAUCUUUGUUCGUCUUCCUUUCGGUUCGAUUUGCAAGUUCAGGUGUGUUUCAAAAGCAUGGUUAUCACUUCUCUCAAAUCCAAUUUUCAUUAAUAUGAUUUUUAACAAGUUGAUGAAAGAUGGUAUUAUCCCAUGGGCAAUCGUGAGACGACAUUCUUUUAAUGAUUACAAGUGCAAAUUCAAUAGUGCCAUUCAUAAACGUUCAUUCUUUUCAACUUCAUCUACUAAUCUUUACCAUGAAUUAUUAUCUAGUCGAAAUUUAUUUUCUUUUGAAUCAGUUUUAGAUUCGAACGUGCUCAAGCAAGAAGAAACGGACAUAUUCCUUUUAGCUUCAAGUAAUGGUUUAGUUCUUUGUUUAUCAAAGGAAUACUCCCCUGGAGAUUAUUUUAUCUACAAUCCAUUCACUAGUCAGUGUGUCUCGCUUCCCCUACCUCGACCAAAUUCUGAAAUAGAGGGUGUUACUGGCUUUGUUUUUGAACCUUCCACACAAACUUAUAAGGUCAUUCACGUCCAAUUUUCUCAUCUGUCUAGCAAUUUUAAUAUCCAGAUCUUCUCAUCUGAUGCAAGUGAAUGGGUUACUCGUGAAGUAACCUGGUCUUACAAUGUAGAGAUGCAUAUAAACAACCACCUUCACAUAGUUAACCAUGAUGGAGUAUGGUAUUGGAUACAUUGGAUAGAGUGCGGAAAAGAUAUAAUGAUAGCUUAUGAUGACAAAAAUGAUGGUGGUGUUAAAUGGAAGUUACUCAACUUGCCUAGUAGAAGAAAUGUUUCUCUUGAGCAACAAUGUCUUGGGGUGUCACAAGGGCAUCUCUGUUAUGGAAAAAUUGAGAGAAAACGAGAGGUAAGCACCGUAAGUGUCUGGGUGCUCCCCGAUGAUAAUGAAUCGUUUUGGAAGAUGAUGUAUAAAGUUACUGACAUACAAGAUUAUAUAUGUGUACCACCAUGGAGAAGGUAUUUUCUUAUAGGCUUCUGUCCAGAGGAUCAGAAUGUUUUGAUCUUUGAAUGCCUUGGUGAUGGUCAUCAAUACGAAGUUCUUAAAUUUGAUAACUAA